AUGAAGCUCCUUGCUGUCAUCUCUGCCUCCCUGGCCCUUGCCGGCUUCACCACUGCCACUCCGCCGCCUCAGACCUUCAGCAUCAAGGCCAAAGGAAAUCCCAAAGUCCCCUCAGUUCGAUUUGAUGCGUCCAGGAGUAAUAUUUUCCUUAAUUACGGGGACUCGGGCGCUGUCUGUGAAGUCAAGCCUGGCCGCCCAAGACCCAAGGACGCCAUCUUCUACCUUAAGGAUUCCAUCUUGUAUCUCCAUACUGGAGCUUCCAAGCCGGUACAAAAGGUCUUCCUGGACCGCUCUGGCUUCGGAUAUGGCAAGAUCGGAUAUUUGACUGGCGAUGGCCAGCUUCCUUCGCGGUGGGAAGUCCAGGGUUGGACUAUUGACGGAGCGGGAAACCUGAAAUUCAAGGGCAAAGGACUGAUCGCCUGUCCUAGCUCAGACCCCAAAAUCAAGUCCUGGACAGUCUGGGCAGAUCUUGGUAUCGCUACUCCAGGUGGAAACAAGGGCUGUCUCCCUUUCACUGCUCACACUAUGAAGACAAAGCCAGUUGCUUGCAAGUAUACCUGA